CUAAGAGAAUUCACAGAAAUAACUUCCAGAAAUGGACCUGAUAAGAUCAUUCCUGGUCCUCAGACCACCUUUCUCCUCUGGGCCCGACUUCCCGGCUGGUGUCCUGGGCAGCCCGCCUCUCCCACCCGCCUUCACACGUCAUUGCCAAAGCCAAGGGCCUGGCCGUCCUGUCUGUGAUGAGAGCUGGGUUUCUGGUCACCGCACGAGGUGGUGGUGGGAUCGUGCUGGCGCGCCUUCCAGGUGGAAAAUGGUCUGCACCUUCGGCCAUCGGGAUAGCUGGGCUUGGUGGAGGAUUUGAACUGGGAAUAGAGGUCUCGGAUUUGGUAAUAAUUUUGAACUAUGACAGAGCGGUAGAAGCUUUUGCAAAAGGUGGUAACCUGACACUUGGAGGGAAUUUGACUGUGGCAGUCGGGCCCUUGGGAAGGAAUUUAGAAGGAGAUGUCUCCCUAAGAAGCUCAGCUGCUGUCUUUACUUACUGCAAGUCAAGAGGCCUCUUCGCUGGCAUAUCUUUAGAAGGUAGCUGUUUGAUUGAGAGGAAAGAAACUAACCGAAAAUUUUAUUGUCAAGACAUUCGAGCUUAUGACAUUUUAUUUGGAGAUAUACCACGGCCUGCUGAAGCAGAAGAUCUUUAUGAAAUUCUCAAUUCUUUCACUGAAAAGUAUGAAAACGAAGGACAACGAAUCAAUGCAAGAAAAGCAGCACGGGAGAAGAAGAAGGGUUCUGCUAAAGAAUUGCCUUCAAAACCAUUGUCAAGACCACAGCAAUCGUCUGCACAAGUACAGCUGAAUCCUGGCUCUCAAAGUAACAGAAAUGAAUAUAAUCUCUAUCCUGAACUUUCCAGCUACCGUGAGAGAGUUGCCUUGCAGGGAAAAGUCACAACCCACAGUCCUGAGGCUCGAGUUGAAAACCCAUUGGAGCGGGACAUCUGGCGCCCCACAGCCUGUCCCAUGCCCACAGACGAGCUGCAGUUUUGCACGGGCAUCACGAUAAUUCUCCAGAUUGUAUGUACUUUUGCUUUGCACCCUUUGGAAGCUCCAAACCACCUAGUCAUCUGGCCUCUCGAUGAAACAAGCCUUGAGUGUCCACAGCCCUGUUUACUGGGGUUUUUUUGUAACUGAAGGCCUGUACCUCCUCGGUCAGCUUCCAUCAUCCUCUUCUCAUCCACCCUACGACUGUCAGUGACGCUUUGGGCACAGUGGACAGCUCUCUAUUGUGGGGCUGUACUGUGCUGUGCGGGUUUUAGCAGUACCCAUGGACUAAGCCCACUCGAUGCCAGUAGUACCCCCUCCCCAGGUGUGACAACCACAAAUGCCCCAGACUUUGCCUUUAGAGAACCGCUGGUCUGGUGGCGUCGCCUGGUAGCCUCAUCCGGCUCACUCGCCAUUGACCCUCACACUCCUACAGAGGACGUGGUCACCAAAGUUAUAGACGCCACACGUAGCCUGGAGGGACGUGGGUGCUAGGAUCAAGUCAGCCACCCGGCUCGUCACUGCAGUAAAUGUGAAACAAAACCAAAGCUGUGUUCUCUUAUUUCUGGUUGCUUCUUGAAGGGGACCUUCCAAAGGCUGAGAUUCUUCUUCUGAGUCAUGUCUUGGGCCAGAUGUGUUGGCUACAUAUGGGUUACAUUACGCAGGCUCCGCUGAGAAGUAAAAUAGCAGCAUCCCGUGGACGCAGACUUGCUAAUUAUGAGCCUCAGAGCAGCUGCCAAUCACCAAAGCUGAUUGUAAUCUGUUUCCUGUUAAGCGUAGCCCUGAUUUGGGAGAGAAAAAUAACCUCUAUUUGAAGUAAACUUGAAUGUUUUGAUGAAAAUGGUCAAUUGCUUCAGAGAUCCUCCAGAUUUUUUUGAGUGCAGGAAUAUAAAACUCGAAGGCAUAUAUUUCCCAGAAGGAAGGCGUCUGUGAACACUGGCUGCUAUAGUGACCCAGUGGGCUUUGCGUCCAUGGCUUCCAGGGUGGUCUCCCUUCCUGGAAGAACAUACCUCCUUGGCUCCCCUUUUCUGAUGAAGUAUUUUGUGGGCAUUAAACUUCUCCUUAUGGAAACUAUCACAAAUAUUUACAGUAAAGAGGAGCUUUAAGUCAUUUUGAGCUUAUUGAAGAACAAACUAGCACAGGGCAUGGCACUGAGUGGCCUGUGAACUGGUCCCUCCCGGGAGCACCUGCCCUUACUCGGGCCGGCUCACUCCUUUGUUUUCAUGUGAAUGAACUUUCCCAACAACCCCUCACCUCCCGACUCUCCUGCAUUCCUCCCAGGAGGUAGAGGGACUUGCCUGACUGGUGAGUUGGGUGAGGAAUUUGGCACACCUCUGUCUGCCUGUCUUAGCCACAUUCUUCACUAGCUCUACCAGCCAUGCCACCUCCCUCUCUGCCUCACCUCUGUUGGAAACCGGGUGGGAAGAGGAACGUUGACUGUUGGCCUCCUCGAGCCCAGCAGCACCACCUCGUCCUCUACUGCAACUCAGAACCACCUGCUUUGCCCUUAUACCAUCUUUCCCAUUGUCUUAUUUGGAAACCGCAAUUCAGAGGCAGUGGCAACCCCUGGUCGGGAGACAGGGAUUGAACCAAGUCUGUGAUCCCCUCUUUCUUUUCCUUAGGUCAUAAUAUCUUUCUUCCUCUAAUUUAUUCAUCAUAAAAUAUAUUUCUAAAACUGCUAAAAAAAAUUCAGUUAUCACUGAUUACCAGGGGUCCUCAGCAUCGGAUAUUCUUAUUAUUUGUGCAGUCUGGAUAACUCAGUGAUGCAGGAAACUAUACUAGUUCUCCUUGAAAGUCUGCCUAACAAAAGUAAAAUGCACUGAUGAAUCUAAGUUCAGUCUGUUGAAUGCAAUUUAAGACUCAUGGUUGCUGAGGACCCUGGGGUAUAAUCUCAAUAGUGAUUAAGAUUGCCUGGAGACAGACUGCCAAGAUUCAAAUCUCAUCCCCUUGGGCAGAUCACUUAACAUCUGCAAGUCUCAGGUUCAUAUUCUGUGACGUGGGGAUGCAGGAGCUGCCUCCCAGGAAGUGAGGAACGAGGGUGCUCGUCGCACUGCCCGGCUCAAGGAACAGGGGCUGCUCCUAUUAUAGCCCCACUGAAUGACACCUGUUAUCAGGGUGAUCACCAUUCCUCUGCAUCUUUGAUUUUGUAAUUAGUGCUACAACUGUGUACAUGUAUGGCAGCUAAGACGGCUAUGGCUUCCAGAACAUUCCCUGAUAUUCACAAGCACUCUUUUUUUACGUGCUUCUUUCUAUUAUCCGAAAUGUCUGGGAGACAAGAGGGGGAGGAGGAGUUCCUCGAGGGUGUUCAUUAAUUAAGUUCAGUUAAUUGAGAUUGAGCUUUAUAUAUAGAGGUCAUAAAUGUAAUUAUUGAUAUAGGAAAAUAGUUUUCAGAAUGAUUUUUUUCUUUAACAUUAACUUACAUUCUUCUGAUCUAAUCACAAUGAGGCAUAGCAUUUCUGCACGUCCCAUCUCAAUGUAGUGUUAUAGCUACUUUUCAAAGUACAUAGUAAUGACUGUUCAUUCAUAUGUGUUAGUAGUCAUUUAACUGGUUUUGAUUUUAUCCAGACUAUAUCAAAAUUUUAUUCUUUUGAUGACCCACUUUUAAUUUUAUUUCUUAACAGGUUAAAAGUAAGUACAGUAUAAAAUAUAAAAAUAUACAGAACUUUUCUGUUUUAUAGAAAAAAACUGUACCAGUAAUAUCGCUAAUAUAAUUAUAUUAGUUAUUAUUAAAGUUAUUUCUUUAGGAGAGCUCAACUACAUGGCACAUGCUUUAUUGAAAGAACUCUGGCGCCAUCUUGUGUGAGAUACACAUUCAGUGCUUCAGUAAAUGGAGUUUAACUAGAGUGUUGACUAUUUUCAUUUCUUACUAAUAGGCCAAGGUCACUUUAUUUUUUCUUGUUAUAGGCUCAAAUGAGUAACUGGAUUUAGAAUUUGGUUAUUUAUAUUUUCAGUACAACUGUACUGAGAUGCAUUUAACAAGCAUCUAAUUGCACAAAAUUAUAUGAAACAUGGAAAUACCAAAUUCCAUGUAGCUGAGUACCCAGAAAGUAUCUGUUUCUUUAUAUUUCUUAUGAUGCUACACAGUUUGUAAUAUUUAAUGUCUUUUACUCAUGUUACCCACUCAAUUCUCAAGUAUUUUUUUUCCCAAUAUGGUUUGAAGUUCUGGUUAAAUAUAUGUAGACAUGCUUCUUGAUGUGCUAAUUUGAAUUUCAUCUCUCUUUUGAGAGAAAGGAUCAAGUAAGUACAGAAAUGAAAACAGCCAUAAAAGCCUGGGGAAAAGAAGUGUCUACUGAUGAAACAGCAAAUGCAUCCGAGCUGUAAUCCUCAUUAUCAAUGACCACAGAGCACGGUUUUUACGGAUUUACUAUUGCCACUUUGUUCAUUGUUUUCUGGUUGUUUUGUGAUUCCUUUGUUCCUACAUUUCCCUCUUGCACCCAUUCUUUGUGAUUUGAUACUCUUCUGUAGUGGUAUGCUUAGAUUCCUUUCUCUUCAUCUUUUGUGUAUCUACUGUAGAUGAUACAAUCAAGAGCAUAAAUAUCAGCUUUUAUCUAAUAGCUAUAAUUCAUUGAAGCUACCAUGACUAUUCUAUCAAAAUUGGAAAAACAAUAAUAUUAUAGUUUAGUCAACAUUUAAACAAUUAUAACCACAGAUAUUUGCCAAACACAUAUUUAAGUACAUAGCAGUAUGCAGUUUGACUUGUGUGGAUUUAGGAAAUGUUAUUACCAAAUAUUUGCUCUUCACAAAGAAGAAAAGCGUAAGUUUAAUAAAGUGAUGAAAAUCACACAGACCAUGUGCUGUGAGUUCUGCUGGCCUCCGACAUCAGAAUACCAAGCCCUGAGUUGUUAAUUUAUAUCUUACCUACCCAUACUUCCAGUUUUUCUAAUAAAAAUGUGAAUAAAUACUUUU